GGUCCAAGCCCCACCCAACAAGGAAAUUUGGUAGAGAGAGAGAGAGAGAGAGAGGCAGCAAUGGAGGCGAAGGAACUGGUUGCGAACGGAAGCAACAGAGAAAAGAAGAUGAAAAGGAAAGAGAUACUGGAAAAGAAGAAAGCAAUCGAUGAAAUUAUCAAAGCAGCUUCUUCGUCCCACAGAGAUCACCUCGAUUCUUUCCAACCCUUUCGCCACUACAACAGAAACGGCUUGUCUGUAUACUUGGAAUCAGGUCGCGGGGAUAAGCUCUCCUCACCUUUAAAGCAACACAUCCAAAACCUGCUUAAGGUCAAUAUGGAAGAGAUGUAUGGAUCUGAGUGGCGUAAAGAAGAGAAGGUGAAGCGCCGGGAAAUGGUAGCUCCAGAAGCACGAUAUAUAUUUGUACACGAGGCUCCAAAUGAAAAUGCUAAUCAUAUUUCCACAAUGGUAGAAAAGGAAAUGUCUUUUUCUAAUAGCAUUGAUAAUAGGGGCCCCAUUGUCGGAUUUGUUCAAUUUCGCUUUACUAUAGAGGAAGAAAUACCCGUUCUUUAUGUCUAUGAGUUACAGCUUGAGCCUCAUGUUCAAGGGAAAGGACUAGGGAAAUUCUUAAUGCAACUAAUUGAGCUUAUUGCUCGUAAGAACCGCAUGGGUGCUGUGGUGCUAACUGUUCAAAAAGCAAACUUGUUAGCUUUGACUUUCUAUAUGAGUAAGCUUGGGUACUCUAUAUCAAGUAUUUCACCAUCAAGAAUUGAUCCAUUGAUAGGGCUCGAGAAAAAUUAUGAAAUUCUUUGUAAAGCAUUUGAUAACGAAGCUAAAGCAAUAUUAUGAAUGUGAGUUUGUUAGGGAGAUUUGAGGAUGGUUUUAUGAGUUGCUUCAGUUGAAUUUGCAAUGCUGCAAUUUUGAAGAGUUGGUAAAUUGUUGUGUCCAAAAAUUCAGUUCUAAUUCUGCAAAGCCAAAAUUUUACAGAAUUGUUUUCUCUGUUGUGAUUUGGGCAAUUUAUAAUGAGAGGAACUCCAGCUAUCAUAAGGGCUGCCACAGGAAUGCUGAGGAUGUUGCUAGAGCUGUGUUGUUUGAAGUUCUUGAUGUUGCUGGACUCCAUUAUACUGAUGUUAUCUGCUACAUUUGAUAUUUUCUUACGUUCCUUUAUUUCCAUUUGUAUUGGAAAUGGGCUUCCGACGUUUUAUUGUAAAGCAAGGGAACGCCCCUACUGUUUUCUUUGUAUAUCAUAGUAGUAUUGAUUAAUUAAACAAAAUGUAAAACACAUGCAUAUCAUAGUCCCCGAACAUGUAAAAAUUUAUCGAUUGUUGGGUGCUUGGUAACAGUGGGCUACUUGAAAAGCUGAGGUACUAACUGAAAUACUUCUAUGACUCUGUUUUUGGUACAUUAGCUGCGGUAUUAGCAUUUAUGAGUAUGUUUGGAAUACUAAAAGAUGGAGUGGAUUUGAUUAUUGAUUUUUCUU